AGGCGGCAAUGCACUCCUUACGGUUCCUAAGUGCUGAAGCGUUGGUGUCCAACACGCAGCUUGUCAGAGAGAACCUCGGCAGCCUUGCGCACAACCUUUUCCCUCUUCUUUUUAAGGCGAGUUACUUACAGGAGCAGGGGGAAGUGCUCCAUGGCCUGGUGGAGAACUGGCCACUGGCGGAACUCAAUGUCGGGACACUGUUGGGAAAGUCGGCGGAUCACCAGGAAGACAUCAGUAGCAGAGCCUGCUCCGUGUGCUUGGCCAGCUGCCUGAGCGGCCUGAAAGACUAUGUGCUGAAUUGUUCAUCUCCGUAUGCGAAGAGGCUCAAAAUGGUGGACUUAACAGGCAUAAAGGACAUCGAAGUUCAGCUCUGCAAGUGCAGGAAGACCAUGGGCCGGUGGGCCAGGACAGAGCUGCUUUCCACGCUCUGCUAUGAUUUGCUCGUUGACAUGCAAAGCCUGCCGCUCAGGCCUGAGGUAUUUGAGAUUUCUAUUGAUGUCUUCAUGGAUGUCUUCGUCACCGAACGCAACUAUGAGCUGGUUGUCCAGGCCUUGCUGAUGAGGUGCCACUGCCCGCUAAAGUUGCGCUGCGCAGCCUUCAGAGUGGACAACCUAGCCCUGAGAAAGCUCUUCUACAUCAUAAAGCUCGCAGAGCCCUCCGCGCUCGGCAAAUUUGAAAUGGUCCACAACGUUCGGCUGGAAAUGGAACAUUUUCAAGUGCUGUUGAAUAACGUCCCAUUUCCGCAGCUGACAUCGCUCACGCUCCCGGCUAGGACGUUCGAUGUGCGGAGGUUCACAGGGGAGGAUGAAGCCACUCUGGCAAAAAUUGGAGAAAAGCUGGGCCAGAUGACGCAACUGACUGAGCUGAGCCUCGCAUUUUCCACGCUCACGGGAAGGAUCCGGAAACUGCUCAGCCCAUUGAAAUCCCCCCUGAAAGUUCUGGAUGUGUCUAAUUGCUCUUUAAGCCAUGUUGAUAUGGCUUACUUAGCCAACAGCCUCCAUUCGAACCACCUGGAAGCCCUUGAUAUCAGUGGACAUGAUGUGGCUGACCUGUACCCAUCCACCUUCUUCAAACUUCUGAACCAUUCAUCCUACACACUGAAGAGUCUCACCCUUGAGGAAUGCAACAUUCAGGACAUUCACAUGAACAUGUUGAUUUUGGGACUGGUCCCUUGCCGGAAACUAGAGGAGUUCAAGUUCCUUGGAAAUCCUCUAUCUUCUCGAGCGCUGAAAUGCCUCUUUAACGUUUUCAUUGACUUCCCAGGGCUGAAGUACAUUGAAUUCCCAGUUCCGAGAGACUGUUACGCCAGUGAUAUCAGUUACCCGAUUGGCGAAGCUGAUCUUUCCAAAUUUGAUCACCAGAAAUAUGAGAGGACAGCAGAGGAACUUCACAUGAUUCUGUUGCAGGCAAAACGGGAGGACAUCAAGGCCGCUACACCCCUCUUUGGAGGCUAUGACGCAGCGAUACACGAAACAGGCAACGAACUGGGAUCCUCCUUGCUGAAGUCUUUCAGAGAUACCCUGCAGACCUUCAGCUUGGCUCUUCAGGAAAUGAGCUGAAGUCCGAACCCAGCAGUGCUUUCGCAGAUUCGUUAACGGAAUUCAAGCAUCCGUUUACUGGAAUUGUUUAGUUUGUACAUUUUGGGGCCCACUCUACUCCUGGGGCAUUCUCUUGGGCAAGCCCCCAUGAACGAAGGCGGAACUGCAGCCCACUCUCCUGUGCGGAGACGCUGCAGCUUGCCAUGCAAAACAACCAGUUUCUCCUCAAUAGAUCUUUGGGAAAGGUUUCAGCAUCCUCUCAUUCAUGAAAAGCUGCAACCUGUUGGAUGAAGCAGCAAGCUGAAGCCCUUCCUUUGCGAGUAAAACACCAGCAUUGAUGCUGGACCGAUUGCUGCUUGAGGGCUGGGUGGGCGACUUGUGGCCCUUUGGAUAUUUUGGACAACAAGUCCUAUCAUCCAUUUCUCACCACUGGUUGUGAUGGCAAGGGAUGAUGGGAGUUGUA